AUGUCUUCAAACGACCCCACACAGAAGAUAGACGCUAAUGACACGAUGGAGAGGGAUGUACCAUCUCUGCCAUUAGAGUCUAUGGCCUCAUCCUCGAAGCAGAGGCAACGAAGUUCUUUGCCCGACUAUGACCCCAAGGCCGGCGAAAAUAAGCUGCGUCCAGCUGGCAAUAUUAUAAAUCGUAUCAACUGGGAUUCAGCAUUUGAAUGUAACGACUACAUUAUUGGAUUCGUGGACCGGUUUGAAGGCCAACUGGAAGUCACCAUGGGCAGUUGGAAGAAGGAGACCACCGAUGAGGAAUUUAUUCCACAGCACCGGGUGCUAUACAUCAGACACACCAACGGGGAUGUCGUGUGGGACCGAAAGAGACGAAUCGAUAAGAUCUUUUGGAGUGGCAACUCGGCUUUUAAGGAGUUGGCGUUUCUGACUGGAACGGGAUAG